ACACACACACUCUCUCUCUCUCUCAAUCACGUUUCGAAGAGAUAAUUAAAAAUGGUUUCUAAAGUGGAAGAAGGAAUGAAGAGAAGGCAAGAACAGCAGCAGCAGCAGCAGCAGCAGCAGAAGCAGAUACAGUACAACUGCAAUAUCAACAAAGCAAAGGUCUGCAAAUUCAAGAGGAGCAGCUCCAAUCUCGAAGAGGACGGCGCUUCCACCGCCAUUCUCUUGCUGGCUUGUAUUGUCUGCACUCCCUCCUCGUAUCCAUAGUUCAUCGAUCAAAUAAUAAUUACAUACAGCUAUAGAUAUAUAAUUACUGAUGUUAAAACUAGCUAGCUAGCUAGCUAGUUUGAAUAUAUCCUUCCGUUAAUUAAUUAGUACUAUUUCAUCGUUACUUUUCAUUCUUCUUCUUGUAACAUGGUCAGUAAGAAUUUCAUUGUAAUUAGCCUAAUAAUUCAUUCCAUAUGCAUGUAUUUGUAUCUGUAACUCUUUCUUCAGUUUAUUAAUUUAUAUAUGUGAAAUUUUAGU